GUUCCCCAGUUGCACAUAGGCUUUCGCGGCGCUCUGCUUUCGCCCGUGUUGUGGUGGCAAUCGCCUCAUUUUCUUCCGCAUCUGAGCUGACUAUUCUUGGGCUCCUCUCUUGACAUGCACCGGGCGAUUUUACUGACCUCUACGCUGCUAACGCUCCUGGUUCCCGGGCCGGCCCGCGGAUACUUCACAGAGGAACGCUGGAGUCCCGAAUCCCCCCUGCUCGCUCCCCGGGUCCUGGUCGCUCUGGUGUGCCGCAACUCCGCGCACUCUUUGCCUUAUUUUCUUGGAGGCAUCGACCGCCUGAACUAUCCCAAAGACCGUAUUGCCGUUUGGGUGGCGACAGACCAUAAUAUUGACAACACCACGGCGAUCCUGAGGGAGUGGCUGAUCCAGGUCCAGAGCCUCUACCACUAUGUGGAAUGGAGACCCCAGGAAGAUCCAAGUGGCUACGAGGACGAGACGGGUCCGAAGCACUGGACCAACCUGCGCUACGAGCACGUGAUGAAGCUGCGGCAGGCUGCACUGGACGCCGCCCGCGAGAUGUGGUCCGACUACUUCCUGCUGGUGGACUGUGAUAACCUGCUGACGGACCCGGAUGUGCUGUGGAAGCUGAUCCAGGAGGACAAGACCAUCGUGGCGCCCAUGCUGGAGUCCAGAGCCGCCUACUCCAACUUCUGGUGUGGCAUGACCUCUCAGGGCUACUACAAGCGCACGCCGGCGUACAUGCCCAUGCGUCGGCAGGAGCGGCGCGGCUGCUUGGCGGUGCCCAUGGUGCACUCCACCCUCCUCGUAGACCUGCGCAAGGAGGCGGCGCGCCAGCUGGCCUUCUACCCGCCGCACCCCGACUACUCCUGGGCCUUCGACGACGUCAUCGUCUUCGCCUUCUCCGCCCGCAUGGCAGAGGUGCAGAUGUUCCUGCUGAACAGAGAGACGUACGGCUACUUGCCCGUGCCCCUGCGAGGCCACAACACCCUGCAGGACGAGGCCGACAGCUUCCUGCACUCACUGCUGGAGUACAUGGUGAGGAAUCCACCUCUGGAGCCAUCUGUUCACCUCACUGUGACUCCCAAGCAGCCAGACAAGAUGGGCUUCGAUGAGGUCUUCAUGAUUAAUCUGCUGAGGCGCACUGACAGGAGGGAUCGGAUGCUCAGGACCCUCUACGAGCAGGAGCUCACCUGCAAAGUCAUCAAUGCGGUGGACGGCAAAGCGCUGAACUCAAGCCAGGUGGAUGCUCUGGGGAUCAAGAUGAUGCCGGGAUACAGCGACCCCUACCAUGGCCGCCCACUGACCAAGGGGGAGCUGGGAUGUUUCCUCUCCCACUACAACAUCUGGAAGGAGAUUGUGGACCGUGGCCUGCGGACCUCGCUGGUGAUCGAGGACGACCUGCGCUUCGAGGUGUUCUUCAAGCGACGCCUGCAGAGCAUCAUGGACGAGGUGGAGAGCCAGGGCCUGAAGUGGGACCUCAUCUACAUUGGGCGUAAGAGGAUGCAGGUGGACCACCAGGAGAAGUCCGUUCCCAACGUCCGCAACCUGGUGGUGGCCGACUACUCCUACUGGACGCUGGGCUACAUGAUGUCACUGAGCGGCGCCAAGAAGCUGCUGGCGGCCAAACCCCUGACCAAGAUGCUGCCCGUGGACGAGUUCCUGCCCGUCAUGUACAACAAGCACCCCGUUCAGGACUACAUGACCCACUUUGACCGGCGGAACCUGCACGCCUUCUCGGUGGAGCCGCUGCUGGUCUACCCGACGCACUACACGGGCGACCCGGGCUACGUGAGCGACACCGAGACGUCCGUCGUCUGGGACAACGAGACGCAGCGCACCGACUGGGACCGCAAGCGCUCGCGCAAGACCCGCGAGCAGGAGGAGCUGAGCGUGGAGGCGCAGAACUCCGACGUCCUCCAGUCGCCGCUCGACAGCACCGCCCGCGACGAACUAUGAGGGCAC